AUGGUUCCCUCAAUGAACUGUGGCUCCCGAGUCCCCAGUGCGGUCUCGAGAUCAGGGAUCCCACUGGAAAAUAAGAACCAAAUAUCAGUCCAGAUUGUUAGCUGUUCUCCUGACGGUUGUGUGAUGUUCUGGGACCUGCGUGCUCCUCGUGUAGCAGCUCCGACUGACAAGAAGCACAAAGCUGAAGAGAACCCUCUAAAGAACCCUCAUGGAGUUCCCAACACCUUUAAACACCUCGACCUCAGCUGGAAACCUCUGUUUAGAGUGACUCUGCCUAAAAUGGAUGGCACUGGUGAAUACAGUCCGCUGAAGUUCAGUCUGAGAGACAGUGUGUGUUACACUGCUGCAGUGGACAGGUCGGAGGUUCCGGUGUUCUCGGACCUCUGCGUGCCCUCUGCCAAACACCUGCGCCACCUGGACACCAUCAGCACAAAAUUCUACGUCGGCACAGAGGAUGGAGAGCUGGUGUACACCGACUGGAAACUGGAGAAAGACAACGAGUCAGGACGACUCUCGAGUCCUAAGCCCACUCAUGUCUUUCAGGUGCAUGACAGUCUGGUGAACACAGUUCUCCGUUCUCCGUUCUUUAAAGACAUUGUACUGACUGUUGAUGUUUGGACCUUCGCCAUCUGGAAAGAGGGAGUUCUGAACGGUCCGAUCCUCCACUCGCCGAGCUCCUCGUGUGCGCUUACGGCCGGGUUCUGGUCUCUAACCCGGCCCGCCGUGUUCUUCAUCGGGAAAGAAGACGGCAGCCUGGAGGUGUGGAACCUGCUGGAGAAAACCCACGAACCUGUACUGAACCAGAACGUCACCAUGGCUCAGAUCUCCUGCAUCAAACCCUGGAUCGCCUCCUCGAAACAGCAUUUCUUGGCCGUGUCUGAUCACCUGGGCACGCUGCACGUCCUGGAGGUACCGUGGACACUCCGUCACCCGGCUCCUAAUGAGGAGCAGAGCUUGAUCAACUUUCUGGAGCGGGAGGUGGAGCGUCUGAUCUACUUUGAGAAGAGGCCGGAGGUGCAAGCGAGUGAGAGGAGAGCAACGGGGGCCGAGGAGAAGGACAACAAGCUGAUGAGAAGUGUCGAUGAUAUGAUGGAGAAGAUGGAAGAUAAUCUGAUGGAGGAGGUGCAGAAAGACUACAAGGAGUAUUUCGCUCUGGAGAAACUCCUGUUGAAGAACAUGGGCCUCGUGAAAGAAACACAGGACACGGAUAACGUCUGACCACACACACACACACACUCUCAGUCAUAUAUAUUUAUAUUGUUGCUGUAGUUCAUUGUUGUACCUUAACCCUAACCCUAAUAUACGUUCUUAAAAUAAACUGGUGUUGUCUUGG